AUGAAAGUUAGAUAAUUUGAGUCAGACUAUUUUGAUAGUUUAGAAAGUAUUUUCAAUUCUGAUUAUGAUCCUCAACCUAUUUUCGAAACUUAAUAACGUAUAAGCUCAACCAAUACAACCCAGAAAAAAAGUAUAAAAAUGUCAUCUCUGUUUAAUUCUCCAAAUGUCAAUUAAAAAUUAGCUUAACGAAAAAGAAUUCAAUCCUUUCGUUUGGAUUAAGAUGUUUAAAGUUAUGAAGAAGAAGAUAGUCUGCCAGAGAAACUCAUUGAUGUUGAUCUCUACUUUAGAUAAGAUGCUAUUGUAUCAGUAUAGAAAAUUCUUGAUACUUAAAGAAAACUAUCAUGA